AUUCUCGAUUCGAAGUAAAAUUUUCAACUGUUUUUUCUUUUCUCAUCAACAAUUUAUUGCUUUUUAAAAAAUAAUUUAAUGAACAAAAUUGAAAUCAUUUAAAACAAUUGUGUAUUAUUUUUAAUUUGCCAUAUAAACUGCUUCAAAAUGAUGUCGGAAACGUUAUACUCACUUGAGAAAUCGGUUGAUAACGCAAAUAACCAACUUGAUACGCUUGCGUCAAAAUUAAUUAAAGUUGAGAAGAAUAUUCUUCCUGACCCUAUCGAGAAUUCUGAUGAGCCAGUCGAUGCAGAAUGUGUUAUUGAGCUAUUGGAGUCUGUAUCUGAUGUGACCAGUGAUUAUGUGACACUUCGAAAAGAUUUAACUGAAAUGCAUCAUCUUCAGCAAGAAAUGUCAACGAAUUUAAGAUAUCAAAUGCAAUUGAUGAGCCAAACAUUUUAUCUUCUAAAGCAAAAAAUUGAAGUGAACAAUCUGCAACCUCAUAUUAAACAACAGUUUGCUCAAAACCAGAAACUUUUGAGGCAGAAAUCUGCACUUUCAUUACCUACAAGUCACUUAUCAACCAUGACCCUUUAUCACGAUCGUAAAUAAACUGUCUGGUAUUUCAUUGACUUUAUUCCAUAAAUGUUGUGGAGAAAUAGUUGCCAAAUAAUCUCAUUAGAAAAAUAUGAAUGGAAGACAUAGUUAAAUAAGGUUCUAAUUCCGUAAAUCUGUUCAAUCGGGCUAAUCAAAUCUGCACAUUAAAAUUUAUUUUGAAAAUUUAAAUACCUAAUUCAAGAUAGCGAAGUGAUACGAAAAAAUAUUAAAUCUAUCUCUUAAUUGUAUUACAAUUAAUUUAAAUUGUUAGAUAUCAUCCGAAAUUUUAUUAAGUAUGGAUGCUAAUUGAAGUACGACUUGCCUAAAUGUUUCCUUCUAAUUCAAAAAUACAGAAAUUAUUUUUUAAAUUGUUGAAAGAAACUCAAAUGUCUUAAGAUCGAAAUUUACAAUAUCCAUAUGUGUGAUUGUUUCAAUAUAUCUAUUUCUAAUUGAAUUUUAACAUUCCGGAUGUAGCAGAAAAAAUGUCUAGAUGAAAAAUGUUAUCACAUACUUUUUAGGAUUUUAUUUUAUUAAGUAGAUAUUGUACCUAAUCUUGUUGCUCUACAGGAAAGAAUAAAAGUUGCAAUUCUCCAAACUAUCAAAAAGUCAGAUUUUUCAAUUUUAAAAAUAAUUAAAGUAAAAACAAAUUUCAUAAUAAAUUUUCUUUAUUUUCCUUCAAUUGUCGGUUUUGCUAUCUAAGCAUUUAAAAUUUCUUACAAGUUUUUAUAAAAUAAUUAAAAAUUAAUCUUAAACAAU